CGACAGUGCCACCCCACCCCACCUUCCCUUUCCCUCCCCUACUCCACCUGCAACAUCCCAACCCAUCCCCACCCACCGCCCUCGCACUCUCACUCCCCCCUCCCCGCUCCACCCAAAUCUCGCCCCAGAUCCAGCCCGCCCGCCCGCCAUGUCCUCCUCCGACCAGGAGGACCACGACGAGGACGCCCCCCUCUUCCGCCACCCAACCCGCCCCUCCGCCGUCGGCGAGGUGCCCGUCUCGCAGUCGCUCAUCAAGGCGGCCAGCAACGUCUGCUUCUCCUUCUUCGUGCUCGCCGUGCUCGCCGUCACCGUCGUCGCCGUCACCUACCAGCCGCCCGACCCCUGGCUCCAGUCCUCCGCCGCCAUCACCACCUCCCUCGCCCGCGUCCUCCCCAACUCCUCCUUCCUCCUCCCCGACGACUCGCUCCUCCCCACCGGCGAGGACUUCCCCUCCCCCUCCACCGCCCCCGGCGCCGCCGCCGCCGCCCAGCGCGACUCCGCCGACCAGGCCGCCACCUCCACCGCGAACAACGCCAACGCCACCGCGGGGGCCUGCGACCCGGACGCGCCGCUCAACUGCACCGACCCGCGCGUGCUCGCCGCCGUCAAGGCCUUCAACGCCAAGGCCUUCUUCCGCAAGUCCAUCGUCUUCCUCAGCUACGAGGCGCCCGUGCCCGGCCCCAAGCCCGGCCAGUGCGACGUGGCCUGGCGCUUCCGGAACCGCCGCGAGAAGUCCUGGCGCCGGUACAGGGACUACCGCCGCUUCGAGCUCACCCCCGGCGAUGGGUGCGCGCUCGACGUCACCAAGGUCGGCAAGUUCAGGUCGGGGAAGAACGCAGCCCGCCCGCCCCGCCCCAAGGGUCCCAAGAAGCCGCGCGUCGCGCCGCCGCCGGUGGACGCGGAGAUCAACGACACGAUCCCCCUCGUCGGGUCGGAGGCAGAGUUCAGGAGGGGCAAGUACCUCUACUACAUGAGAGGCGGUGACCACUGCAAGAGCAUGAACCAGUUCAUUUGGAGCUUCCUGUGUGGGCUCGGCGAGGCCAAGUUCCUCAACCGGACGUUUGUCAUGGAUUUGAACAUGUGCUUGUCCGGGGCUCACACCGCAGACGGCAAGGACGUGGAUGGCAAGGACUUUAGGUACUAUUUUGAUUUCGAGCACCUCAAGGAGUCGGUGUCUCUGGUGGAGAAAGGGGAUUUCUUGAAGGAUUGGCGGCGCUGGGACAAGAAGAAGGGUCCUGGCCGGAUCUCCGUGCGCAAGGUGCCUACAUACAAGGUGACACCGAUGCAGCUGAAGAAGGACAAGAGCAACAUCAUUUGGAGGCAGUUUGAUGGGCAUGAGCCUGAGAACUACUGGUACAGGGUCUGCGAGGGGCGAGCUGCCAAGGUCAUCCAGAGGCCUUGGUAUGCUAUUUGGAAGUCCAAGAGGCUGAUGAACAUUGUAACUGAGAUUGCAGGCAGGAUGGAUUGGGACUACGAUGGUUUGCAUGUGGUCCGAGGGUGGAAGGCGAUGAACAAGAAGAUGUAUCCCAACUUGGAUGCGGACACAUCACCCGACGCGAUCGUAGAUAAGGUCACCAAGCUUAUCAAGCCGUGGCGGAACCUUUACAUCGCAACCAACGAGCCAUUUUACAACUACUUUGACAAGCUCAGGUCACACUACCAUGUGCAUUUGCUUGAUGAUUAUAAGGAGCUUUGGUCGAAUACGAGCGAGUGGCACAAUGAGACGACAGCGAUCAAUAAUGGGAAGUAUGUGCCGUUCGAUGCCUACAUGAAGGUGAUUGUGGACACUGAGGUAUUCUACAGAUCAAAGGCAAAGGUUGAAACGUUUAACAACCUGACGAGAGAUUGCAAAGAUGGAAUCAACACGUGCAAUUUGUGACACAUGAGUUCAUGCUGUGAUAACUAUUGGUGUCCAUAUACUCUCCCACAGGCUGGGCGGCUGGCGCAAUGGAACUCAGGCGAACUUCAUCCAGGGUUUGUCAUUAGGCAUACCAUCUUGAUGCCGCCUGUCAUUUAUUGCAUUACAUGUUCAUCUAAAUUAUGUGCCCUCCAUUCUUUUUGUAUAAUGUAUAACUGUGCUCAAACCUCCCUAAACAAAAUAGUUACUCCUAGUGAGCCUUUUGCAGUAUCUCUACUUCAUAGUGGCCGGCCUUUUGCAGUAUCUCUGCUCUCUGAGUGCCCAUUAGUUAGCUUGGAGACUUCUCAUUUCUUGUAUGUUUCCAUAUGUGUAUUGCUAAAUGUUCCCGAGUUGGAAACAAUAUUUCAGAAACUUGCACCAUUUA